CUGCAAAGUUUGGGAUCCACACUCUACAAAACCCCACAGCUCCUAAGAAUUCUCUCACCUGCCUUCUGCCCUUAGGCUCCGGUGGAUUGCAAAUGACCUGCUCUCUUUCGGAUCCCAGGCUGCAUUCUGAACCCUGUCGGAUAGUAAAUCCCAAGUAAGGUACCUGCCCUCGGUAGAUCUGAGCUCUCUUCUUGGACACCUAAUACCCACAGUCCUCCAGGUGUGGUACCCGGCUCCUAGAAGCCUAGCCAGUCACCUCCUGCCCAGCCUUCAAACACGUCAGAGGGUUAACCAUUCAUGGCCACGCUGAACACUACUCACAAGAUCCGGAAACCAGAAUGGGGAGUCAGACUGGAUUCCUGAGAUGCCCAGCAGCCACCACAGCGCCUGCUUCCUCGGCCCUGAAAUCAUGCCCCUAGGUCUCCUGUGGCUGGGCCUAGCCCUGUUGGGGGCUCUGCAUGCCCAGGCCCAGGACUCCACCUCAGACCUGAUCCCAGCCCCACCUCUGAGCAAGGUCCCUCUGCAGCAGAACUUCCAGGACAACCAGUUCCAGGGGAAGUGGUAUGUGGUAGGCCUGGCAGGGAAUGCAAUUCUCAGAGAAGACAAAGACCCGCAAAAGAUGUAUGCCACCAUCUAUGAGCUGAAAGAAGACAAGAGCUACAACGUCACCUCCGUCCUGUUUAGGAAAAAGAAGUGUGACUACUGGAUCAGGACUUUUGUUCCAGGUUCCCAGCCUGGCGAGUUCACACUGGGCAACAUUAAGAGUUACCCUGGAUUAACGAGUUACCUCGUCCGAGUGGUGAGCACCAACUACAACCAGCAUGCUAUGGUGUUCUUCAAGAAAGUUUCUCAAAACAGGGAGUACUUCAAGAUCACCCUCUACGGGAGAACCAAGGAGCUGACUUCGGAACUAAAGGAGAACUUCAUCCGCUUCUCCAAAUCUCUGGGCCUCCCUGAAAACCACAUCGUCUUCCCUGUCCCAAUCGACCAGUGUAUCGACGGCUGAGUGCACAGGUGCCGCCAGCUGCUGCACCAGCCCGAACACCAUUGAGGGAGCUGGGAGACCCUCCCCACAGUGCCACCCACGCAGCUGCUCCCCAGGCCACCCCGCUGAUGGAGUCCCACCUUGUCUGCUAAAUAAACAUGUGCCCUCAGG